AUGCACAACUUAUUAUAUCUCGCCCGAGUCACCUCCAUUGCAGCCUCCAAAACGGCAAUCGCAAACUCAAGAAUAUCUUCCAUUUCCCGCCAGUUCUCUUCCUCUCCCUCCGCCAUGGCGCCCAUUACAAAAGAGUGUGAUUACUUGGUGAUCGGAGGUGGAAGUGGGGGUCUAGCAUCUGCACGAAGAGCAAGUGGUUAUUACGGCGCAAAGACAAUUGCAGUUGAGAGCAAGCGACUGGGAGGCACUUGUGUUAACGUGGGAUGUGUACCAAAGAAAAUCUUCUGGAACGCUGCCACGAUCGCCGAGACCAUACACCAGGCUAAGGCUUACGGGUUUUCCGUGAACCAAACGGCACCUUUCGACUGGACAUACUUCAAGAACAAGCGGGACGCAUAUAUAAAGCGGUUGAAUGGCAUCUACGAGAAGAACUUGGGCAAUGAUAAGGUCGAGUAUAUCCACGGCCGGGCACAUUUGACGGGCAAGAAUGAGGUGGAGGUUGUGUUGGAUGAUGGCACGAAGCAGACGAUCAAGGCCAAGAAGAUCCUACUAGCUACUGGAGGUCAUCCCACAAUCCCCCAAAACAUCCCUGGCUCAGAGUAUGGUGUAAAUAGCGACGGCUUUUUCGAUAUCGAGAAACAGCCAAAGAAGGUUGCGUUAGUGGGCGCCGGAUACAUCGCUGUUGAGUUUGCAGGCGUCUUCAAUGCUCUUGGCACGGAAACUCAUCUUUUCAUUCGACACGACAAGUUCCUAAGAACCUUCGAUCCUAUGGUCCAAGAUGCAAUCGUCAAGGAGUACGAGAGAGUCGGUAUUCACAUCCACAAGAACUCGUCCCAAAGCAAAGUGGAGAAAGACCCUAAGACCGGGAAGCUCACAAUCCACUACAAGGACGCGACUGGCGAGGGCAAGCUUGAAAAUGUCGAUGACUUGAUCUGGGCCAUUGGCCGUUCACCAGAGGUUGAGGAUCUUGGUCUGGAAAAGGCCGGCGUCAAGCAGAGCCAAAUAGGACAGAUCAUCGCAGACGAGUAUCAAAACACCAAUGUCGAAAACAUCUACUCAUUGGGCGACGUAGUCGGGAAGAUUGAAUUGACACCCGUAGCCAUUGCGGCCGGACGAAAACUCAGCGAUCGCCUCUUUGGACCGGAAAAAUUCAAGGAUUCCAAACUUGACUACGAUAACGUUCCAUCUGUGGUUUUUGCACACCCAGAAGUCGGCUCCAUUGGUAUCACGGAGCCACAAGCUGUUGAGAAAUACGGCAAGGAUAACAUCAAGGUCUACAAUACUAGCUUCACGGCCAUGUACUAUGCGAUGAUGGAGCCGGAGGAUAAGGGGCCUACAAGAUAUAAGCUGAUCUGUGAAGGACCAAAUGAGAAGGUUGUUGGUCUACAUAUUUUGGGCCUCGGGAGCGCAGAGAUGUUGCAGGGAUUUGGUGUUGCCAUUAAGAUGGGUGCCACGAAGGCUGAUUUUGAUAGCUGUGUGGCGAUUCAUCCUACCAGUGCGGAGGAGCUUGUUACUUUGAAGUGA